AUGGGGAAGAGUAACCUUGAUCUCGUCAAUGAAUGUGAUGUAUUCCCGUACUAUCACGAUGACCCCGCGGUAUACAAGAGAUACAGAGAAAGAUACCAUGAAUUCAAGAUCACAGGCUACGAACAGACCUUUGGACUUGUUCUCAAUUCCAUAGUGGACAAGUUCCCCUGGCCAAAGGAAAGCUGGAAGGUCGAUAGCGAGGCAAAGACGGUUACUUUGCUUGCGCCGGCGAACGCUACGGAACCACAACGAAGCGCCCUCCUAGCGCAGACGCUGGAGAUCGGCGCAAAAAGCGGGAAGAUAGAUGUUCUUAAGGGCUGGAGGAACGAGCUAUACCCCAUCUACGGCCCAAAGAAAGAGCUGGUUGCCAGCGUGGAGCGGGCGGGGAGCAGUCUGUUCGGCAUCCUGAGCUAUGGAGUCCAUAUGACCGUCUACACCAAGGACGAGCAGAAGGGUAUCAUGAUAUGGGUGCCCAGGCGAGCCAGGACUAAGCAGACAUACCCAGGUAUGCUAGACAAUACCGUUGGCGGUGGCAUAGCUACUGGAGAGCCGCCAUUUGAGAGUCUAGUCCGUGAAGCCAUGGAGGAAGCCUCGUUGCCUGAAAACAUUGUUCGACGAGACACCAGGUCCUGCGGAUGCAUAACGUACACUUAUGUCCGGGACGAGCGAGCUGGUGGGGAGACAGGUCUGCUGCAGCCAGAGUGCGAGUAUGUCUACGAUCUGCAGCUCGACCCCAGCGUCGUACCAAAACCAUGCGAUUCCGAAGUAGAGGAUUUCCGAUUAUGGAGCGUCGACGAAGUAAAGGAAGCGAUGUCAAAUGGCGAAUUCAAGCCUAAUUGCGCCCUUGUUCUCAUAGAUUUCUUUAUCAGACAUGGUCUCCUCACGCCGGAGAACGAGAAGGACUAUCUAGAAAUACUCGCCAGGAUACAUCGUCGUCACGAAUUCCCGACAGUCUAG